UCCCUUCUGGAGUGUCUGCAGUUGAUGCUUGCUGGCCGUGUAAACAGUGCUUGGGGUCAAACUUCAGCUUUCCGGGCAAAGUAUCCUGCAUUUUUGUUGUUGCAGUGGAGAAGAUCAUGCUGAAGCGAGUGUGCACGCUGGUGCUUAGAAGAGGACUGUCAACAUUAAACAGUGACAGCCUCUUCAGAGUUCACCCAUCGGUGUCACAGGCGAUAGCAGAAAAGCACCCCGUGGUGGCGCUAGAGAGCACCAUCAUCACGCACGGCAUGCCGUACCCUCACAAUGUCAGCACAGCGAAAGAGGUGGAGGCCAUCGUGCGGGCUGAAGGCGCCACCCCUGCUACUGUUGGAGUGAUUGAGGGCACAGUCCACAUUGGACUGUCUUCAGAGGAGCUGGACUUCUUGGCCCGCUACGACGGCUCCAUGAAGGUGUCUCGACGUGACCUGCCAUAUGUUACCAGCCAAGGGCUCUCUGGGGGAACGACGGUGUCGGCCACCAUGAUAGCAGCACACCGGGCUGGCAUCCCUGUGUUUGUCACUGGAGGCAUUGGCGGAGUGCACAGAGAUGGACAGAACAGUCUGGAUAUCAGUGCUGACCUAACAGAGCUGGGCAGGACUCCCAUCGCUGUGGUGUCUGCUGGCGUCAAGUCUAUUCUGGACAUCGGUCGCACCCUAGAGUUCCUGCUUUGUCAUCAGGAGACGCAGGGUGUUUGUGUCGCCACCUAUGGACCGUCAAAGGACUUCCCGGCCUUCUUCUCCCCGUUAAGCGGAUUCACUUCCCCGCAUCAAGUCUGCAAUGCUGACAAAGCCGCACAACUCAUCGAGAGCGUUCUUCUGCUGGGCAUCCGCAGCGGCGUCCUCAUUGCCGUGCCCCUCCCACAGGAGCACGCAGCAGCUGGCCAGCAGAUGGAGCAGGCGAUCAAGACAGCAGUGGCUGAAAGCAGCGCUAGAAGCAUCACAGGAAGAGACGUGACGCCGUACAUCCUUCACAGGGUCAGUGAGCUUACCAAGGGAAAGUCCCUUCAAGCCAAUAUUGCUCUCAUUCAUAACAACGCUAAAGUGGGCAGUCAGAUCGCCUGCGCUCUGGCAAAACUCCCCAAGAAAAGAAAGCCAACAAGUGCAACUCAGCAAUACGGCUCCAACAUUCUAUUCUUUCUGUGGCAGGUUGUCAUCGGAGGCAUAAAUGUGGAUUUUAUUGCAAAAGGCAGAAGAAAAACACUUGAAUUUGGACAGACAAACCCAGGAAGUGUUCGUCAGUCAUAUGGAGGUGUAGGACGCAACAUCGCCGAUUGUCUGAGUCGUUUGGGCCAGCAGCCGCUGUUCAUCUCCGCAACUGGCGCUGAUUCGCACAGCGAUGCCGUCUUUAACCACUGCAAACAUAUGAACACCAGCGCUGUGACGAGGUUGGAGGGUGAACGCACGGCUACGUACUGUGCGGUUAUCGCGGAAAGCGGAGAACUCAGUCUGGGAUUGGGUGACAUGGACAUUCACCAGCAGAUCACAGAGCGAUAUGUGUCGCAGUUUGAGCAGCAGCUUCUAUGGUCCACCCUCGUGUGCCUUGAUGGAAACAUCCCCAUCUCCACCAUCAGAUACGUUUGCUCCAUGGCCCAGCAACACAAGAUCAACGUUUGGUAUGAGCCAACCGAUUCCGAAAAAGCCGGCAAGCCUUUCCUGUCAGACGCCUGGAAGUCCUUGUCCUACGCCUCCCCAAAUUUGGCGGAGUUGUGCACCAUGAACAAAACACUUGGCCUCCAAACACCUGAAGGUAACAUCUGCAUCUUUGACGCAAGCGUGAGGACGAGACUGAUGAUGAGUUCUGGUGGGCUGGCAGUGCUCCCAAACUCGCCGGACCAGGUGUUGACUCUGGCGGUGGCGCUCUCACGCCCCCUACUGGAGUAUCUCCACUGCCUGGUGGUGACCCUUGGGCCUGGUGGGGUGUUGGUGUGCGGAGAGCAUCGAGCAGGCUCGGUCAACCUGAAGCCAAGGAAAGAGAAUAAGAAGAGGAAGCUGUGUGCCGUCCACUACCCAGCACUGAGUGUGGCAGCACAUGAGACAAUCAACGUCUCAGGAGCAGGAGAUAGUCUUGCAGGCGCUGUGAUGGCAGGGAUCGUCCAGGGCCGAGACACCGACACUUGUGUUGGCAUGGGUCUCCUGGCCGCACGCUUGUCCAUCGCGUCACCGCACCCCAUCGCCCCCGUGCUGACGCCACACUCUGUGGAUCCCCACCAGGCUCAGGGGCACAGCAGGUCCCAACCCAGAUUCAUGUGGAUUGACUGAACGUGUCUGCGUUUUAUACACAGAAAAAACAACAAGCUUUGCUUUGCAUAUGUCUGCUUCGUUUUUCUUCUGUUUAUACAUACAUACAGUAUGUAUGUAUGUAUAUAUAUAUACUGUACAUAUAUAUAUAUACACAGUCAAACUUUUCUAUAGCAGCCACUAGAGGGUGUCUGCAAAAGUGGCCGCUAUAGACAGGUGGCCUCUAUAGACAGGUUGCCGUCCAGUUUGAAUGUUGACCAGUAGAGGAAAAAAAAGAAAAAAAAGGGAAAAAAAAAAUUAAUAAUAAUGUUGACCAGUAGAGGGCACUGUGGGACUGCGGAUAAAAGUUGGACAGUACUACUAGGCUUGUUAUUAUCCACGCCACACAGAACAAAGCUGUGCUAGUAAUGUCUUACGCUUGUUUUUAAUAUUUUACUUUUUAUACGGCAGAGUGUCAUUACAGCUUUAGUUCAUCAGGAAGUGACGGGAAGUGACGGGAAGUGACGGUGGGCGUCCCGAGCAGGAGAGCUAGGCUCAGUGCUAGCUGUGAGUUUGGAGAAAGUUGGGAAGUGUGUUUAUGUUGGCGUGGAUGUAAAGUCCUGCAGUGUUCUCCGCUGUUAAUAAAGCCAUUAAAGUGCAUUGGCGACGUGAGUCUCUCCUUCCCCACAACAAGCGGCAUUACAGUAUUGACCAGUGCACACCAGGAAAUAAACGGUGUCAUUUCUUACAGGCAUUGGCUGGACAGCUAUGUAGUGGGGCUUGUUUAACCUUUGCCUUGUGGGCAAGCAGGAAGGAGAGACGAUGCUGAGAGAUGUGUGUGUGUUCUGAGCUGCUGUCUGGUGGCCGCGUUCAAUAAAUAAAGUUGGCAGAAGCAACAGAAGAAGUUUGCUUCUUUGCUUCGGAGCUGAAUAACACUGACAAGUUAACAGACUAGUAGCGAACGGAAAAGAAGACGGCUUUUUUGUGUCGAAUACAGAAAAUGAGGACUUUGAUGGAUUUGUGGAUGAGGAUUGAUCAAAAAUAACGUGAGUACAUUCUAAAAUACUUCAAUUAAGUACAACCGAACUCAGUUUUGCUCCCGCUGCCGCAUGCAUGCUAGCGUAUGUUUUUUUUAUUGUAGCGUCGCUGGGAGCACGUCCUGUUCCCAGCCUACUUUGCGGUAAUGUUUUGGUGCAAAUGCUCUUAAAGUUACAUGUUUGACCAGGAAAUAGCAAGCUCAAAAGAAGACGGCUUUUUUAUGUGGAACAACUGACAGUUUGUGUGGAUCUUGUGAAUGAUUGUGACUGAGCUAGGACUCA